GCUCCACUUUUCUCAAACCACAAACUUUUAACUCCACCUGAAAAGAAGAUAAAAGAGAGAGAAAUAAAUAUCUUAUCAAACCAGACAGAACAGAGAUCUUGUUACUUACUAUACUACACUCAGCCUUAUCCAGUUUUUCAAAAGAAGUUUUCAACUAUGAACUCAGUCUCUACUUUUUCUGAACUUCUUGGCUCUGAGAACGAGUCUCCGGUAGGUGGUGAUUACUGUCCCAUGUUGGCGGCGAGCUGUCCGAAGAAGCCGGCGGGUAGGAAGAAGUUUCGGGAGACACGUCACCCCAUUUACCGAGGAGUUCGCCUUAGAAAAUCAGGUAAGUGGGUGUGUGAAGUGAGGGAACCAAACAAAAAAUCUAGGAUUUGGCUCGGAACUUUCAAAACAGCUGAGAUCGCAGCUCGUGCUCACGACGUCGCCGCCUUAGCUCUCCGUGGAAGAGGCGCCUGCCUCAACUUCGCCGACUCGGCUUGGCGGCUCCGUAUCCCGGAGACAACCUGCGCCAAGGAUAUCCAGAAGGCUGCUGCUGAAGCCGCAUUGGCUUUUGAGGCCGAGAAGAGUGAUACCACGACGAAUGAUCAUGGCAUGAACAUGGCUUCUCAGGCCGAGGUUAAUGACACAACGGAUCAUGGCCUGGACAUGGAGGAGACGAUGGUGGAGGCUGUUUUUACUGAGGAGCAGAGAGACGGGUUUUACAUGGCGGAGGAGACGACGGUGGAGGGUGUUGUUCCGGAGGAACAGAUGAGCAAAGGGUUUUACAUGGACGAGGAGUGGAUGUUCGGGAUGCCGACCUUGUUGGCUGAUAUGGCGGCAGGGAUGCUCUUACCGCCGCCGUCCGUACAAUGGGGACAUAAUGAUGACUUCGAAGGAGAUGUUGACAUGAACCUCUGGAAUUAUUAGUACUCAUAUUUUUUUAAAUUAUUUUUUGAACGAAUAAUAUUUUAUUGAAUUCGGAUUCUACCUGUUUUUUUAAUGGAUAUCCUUUUUUUCUGGUAGUGUGAGAAACGAUUGUAAAUGUUUCCACAAAUGUGUUGUCAAUGUUGUCAAAUGCUGGGUAUUUUGUGCAGGAUAGUCAUCUUGGUUUCCUUAUAUGCAACAACUAAAUUUUAGUUUAAGUAAAAAAUAGAAGAGGAAAGAGAAUGAAUGUUAUUAAAUAAA